AGGUGAGGUGAACAAGAUGUUGAUGAUGACUGUGUCACAGUGAGGUUGGAAGGGUCUGUCUGGCCGGUUGAGGUGCGGAGGGGACUCCACAUACCUCGCCAGGAGUCUGACGGCCUGACAAACACCCAAUCCCCCCCUCUCCUCCUCCCUUCCUCCUUGGCAUCUGCAAGUCGCCAUGGUGACGCUCAUUACAGAACAACUCCGCAAACAGAAUCUGGAGGAGCCCCCUUACCACAGGUCUUUCUCUCUCAACGUGGUGAGCAUGCCAUGCGGCGCGCGCACACACACACGAGUUGUUGUAUAGCACUUCUUCCAUAAGGAAUUACCCUUUGCCAUAAGGGUUGCCUUUGUCAUUUUAAAUCCCCUUCUCUUCAUUGCUGUUUCAGUCAUUGCCUGAAGUGGGUUCCAGCCCCACUAUGUGUUGGAGCGGGUAUGGGUUGACUCCAGGUAAGGAUCUAUUAAUUCCUGAAACUUUUUUUAAAUAAAAGGGCCUCAUUCAAAGAUCAGGUUCAAUCAUUAACUGGGGGAAGGGCCUACAUUGAUUCAUAUCUUUGGUUUGUUUCACUUCCAGAGAGCAGUUGGUCUAUGUUCCCAUCCUCCAAGACCCACCUGCAGGAUGCCUCCUCUGUCCUGUCAUCCCUGGACCCACUCGGGACGCCUUUCCCUCUCCCCAGCACCUCUGUGACAGACCUGUCCCUGCAGAGCUCCCCGCCGCCGCCCCCCUCCUCCUCCCAAACGCCACUGCCGCUCCCUGUCUGUCCCCGAAGACCUGUCCCACUGCCGCACCCCCUGGCGCCCCAGCGCCUCCAAGAUCUGGACCCCAGUCAAGCGCCGCUGCCACAGUGGAGGGGGUGUGGCCAGCAUGGGGGUUGGCUCCUUGGUGGGUUCCGUACCCCUCCGAGGCCCCAGCUCCUCCCUCACCUCCUCCCUGCACUCCUCCUCCAGCCCCACCUUCUUCAGCCUGGCCAUGUCCCCUGACUCCCCUCUCCCCUGGGGCUGUCCCUGGGACCACUAUGACCCGCCCAGGGGGGGUUGCACCGGCUUCUUCCCCGCCCCCUCCUCCUGCUCCUCCUCCCCGGCCUCACUGGGUUCCUGUCGGCCCUUGCAGCAACGCCGCUUCUCCCUGUCCCCUGUGCACAUCCUGCCUCCCCGGCCCUCCCCCUCCCCCUCUCCUGCUCCAGGUCUAUCCCCUCGCUACCCUGGGAUGGAGCCCCCGGCCCCCUCUCCCUCCUCAGCCUGCAGUUCCCCGUCGUCCUCGAGGCGCGACCUGCCCCCCUGUCUCCCACGCUGCCACUCUCAGCCCUGUGACCUGCGUAAGCCCGGCCUGAAGAGACGCCAUGACCCGGACACUCUGCCCUACUACAUCAGGCCUGGCCUGGACUUCAGCAAGAUGACUCCGGUGAGCUUGAUGAGAUGUACAACAAUUGUAAGGCCUAUUCAGAAAUGCAGAGGAUCCAAAAUAACACAAUGCACCAUUUUGGUAGAAACUGUUUAUAGUUCUCCUCGAGUCAGAGCAAACUUCCGUCAUUUGCAGCCCCUCAUCCCACACCCCCCAGCUCUCCUGCUUCUCUCGCCGCAGACCAGAGUGUUUUAUGUUGGGAACUUGGGGUCAUUAGCCAGGAGAAGUGGGCCUCUGUUUCUCUGACUCUCCCCCCGCCCCCUCCACCUCCCGUCAUGAGCCAGAACUACUGCUCUCACAUUCCUGUCCCAGCCAGACCGGACCAGUCUGGAUUUGGGUUCAGGGUGUGGCGUUGUCGGUACUGUGCUGCCUGGCCAUGGAACCACAUUGCCCUGACCAGCCAUGUGUGUUUUUGGGCUGACCCUUGCAUUCCUAUGUGUCCAAUCGUUGAAAUGUGCCUGAUCUUUUCCACCAGCCGGCACUCUCUCUAUCGAACCGUCUGGCUUCAACGGCGCCACAGAAAGGGACUUGAAUGAAGGCUAUGGCAGGAGCAGACAAAACAAUGAAUUUGAAUAUUAGCUGAUCUCUGUCCAUCAUCAUCUAGCGCAACCCUUUAGAACCUCCCCCUACAUAGUGGACUUCAAAGCGUGAGAAGUGUGGUCCUCUGUAGCUCAGCUGGUAGAGCACGGCGCUUGUAAUGCCAAGAUAGUGGGUUCGAUCCCCGGGACCACCCAUACACAAAAAUGUAUGCACGCAUGACUGUAAGUCGCUUUGGAUAAAAGCGUCUGCUAAAUGGCUUAUUAUUAUUAUUAUUAUUAUUAUUAUUAUUUAAACAAGGAAGUGAAUUCGUAAAAUCUGAAAGUACGAAUCUUAUAAAUAUUUUUCACAAACUUUAUAUACCCCAUCUCCGAUUCAAUUGGGCUUUGCAAAAAUAAUAUUGUCAAUGUGAUGGAACAUUUCUUUUGAUUUGGUGAUUUUCUAAAUUUUUCAGUCCCAUCUAAUACAGCUGUAGCAGGCUCGGUCCCUCUCCCGCCUUUAUUUUAAGCCACGCUCCUUUCAAGUCCCACUUUGUUGCAGUGUUACCAGGCUCUCUAUAUGCGGUAGCAAAUGAGCCUGGAAGGGACAAGGUUAAUAUGUGCCCAUGCCAAAUGUCUUGCCUCUAUGGACCACCACCCCAGCCAUGUAUAUUUAACCACUGCUACUGACUUCCUGCUCUGGGGAGUGAUGUCAUCACUUCUCCUUUCUCAAUGAUGUCUUUUUUUUUUUCUCAGCCCCGGUUGGUUUGUAUGGCCUUCUGGGCGUGGGACCUGUGGGUGUGACUGGAGCUGCUGCUGCUGGGUCUGCAGCUAGCUGGCUGUGUGUCUCCUUGUGUCAUGUUUUAAGAUGGUGGGUGGUGGUUUAUGAAAUGGCUGCCUUUCUAGUGUAACAAGCCCAAGGGACAGCUCCGAGUUGGCUCUGACUGGGGUCUCUGAACAGGAUGGGGGGAAAUGGCCAGUGCAUGUACAGAUGCAUUUACAUAUGAUUUGCAUAGACCGGUCUCAUUUGAAAGGUGGACAUUCUCACCAGGGUUUGACAAUUUAAAAAAAUGCAGCUUGUCCUUUGGACAACUAGGACUGAUUUUUUGUUCUGUAACACCAUUUUUACAUCAUUGUAUGAUGCAAGGAACCACUUUACAAAAUAUUAUAUUUUUAUGUCUACAGUUCAAAACAGACUCUGGGAGAGUUUUGGGACAACCGAUCCAAAAUUCAUACAACCACUGCACAUUAAAAAAAUAAAUGAGGCUGAUUCAACCGAUCAGACAGCUUUGGCUUAAAAUGUUGAUGUUUUCUUUAUUUUAUAAGCUCAAAAAUGUGCAUGUGAUUGUAGGCUUUUCGUGAGUGUUCCAACAUGCAAUUAGUGGGAAAACACCAUUCUCAAAAGCGCACCAUAUGCACAAGCUGUUUCAUGUGACAGAGCUGAAAAUAUCAAUUUGAAAAUAAGGUGAGAUCUAAAGAUGCAUAGGUUACUAAUAUGGGCUAGGAUUAUGCCUUUGGCUGCUGGACAAUAAAAUAAUGUUGAUUUUGAAAACCAAUAGAACAUGGAGGACAAGCAUUACUCUCAAAUGGUGUUUGAAUAACCACCGAAACAUGCUAGAAGCUGUUGGCAAGUUCCUAGGGGCCCUUCAUAUCACUGUCUGAUCAAUAUUACCAUUAUUGUAUCGCUAGAGCAACUUCGACAAGCUCACUAUUCAGAGUGUAUGGCCAGUUGAGUUGCCGAAGGUCCCCAUGAAAAGCCUGCACACACAUCUGCUUUCAUGGGUGUAGGCUUAUUAGUUUCAGAUAAAGCUGAGUUGUGUGGAUAAACUUGUUUUUCUGGGAAAUGCUGAAGAUAUUAAGUAUUUGUCUUUCUGUUCUGUGGGUAGAUUCGCAGUGGGGAGCCCCUGGUGUGUGGAGCGGCUGUCUAUAUGUGUCUAGAGCCUGUUCCAGGGGACUUCAGAGGAGCCUUCUCCCCUGCAGACCUGGGAAGAAGCAGCAUUGGACCACUGAGUGAAAGUGAGGAAGAGGAGAACAUAAAUAUGGGUGUGCUAGAGGCCGGACAGCAGAGUGUGUUUGAGAGAGACUGCACAGAACUGGACUUGAACCUCAUUGAGGAGAAUUGAAAGAGUUCCCUGGUGCUCCGUGUGUGAUUGACUGCAUUCAUCAUCAUCAUAUUACCCCCCC